AUGAUCUCGGAAAGUUUGCAGCAGCAACCGGAAGAGAUCCCAUCAAAUCUCAACGAACAACAAUCUGUACUUGAAGAUCUCGAAUCAAAGAAGCAACGCCUCGAAAACCUCUUGCAGACCAUACCAGCCGGCGAUGCAACGGAGGAGUUGAGGCAAAAGAGCGCAUGGGAUUUGUCAAGACUGAAAGACCUUCUGAAGAGACUUGGCGACUCAGUCGGCGACAAGCUGGCUGCGUUAGCCGCUUUCAAUGCCGCACGCAAGGAUGCUGAAGAUCAGCUUCUCGCCAUCACUGGUCCUGUGUCUGAAGAGAAGACACCUGACGAACUGAAGAAGGACGAAGAAUCGUUAGCUAGAUUACAGCAAAAUAUCUCACAACUCAACCGUGAUGGUCUGGACGACGAACAGAGAGACGAACAUGCUCAACUGCUCGACCGUAUCAACAAGACACUUGAUGUUCUCAAGCAGCGUCGAAGUGCACUGGAGGACGAACUUUCUAAACGAGCAGCCGAACAACAACUGGCAGAUACCAUCACACCGAUAUCCACACGAUUAGUCCAACUUGUCAACGAUGCUAAUCGGCUGUUGGGAGAUGCAGAAGGAGUACCAGCACAAUAUAGACCAACUGCAGAAGAUUUGGCUGAUGAAUGCAAGAAGGCCGAAACUCUUCUGCAGGAUGCACCAAAAUCGCAUCCUUCUGUGCAAGCCCUCGAAGCAGUCCUAUCUCCCGCUCAAAGCAUGAUCCCUGUCUUGCAAGAACGCGCCAACAACUGGGAUGCAUUUGUGCGCAUAAGAGAAGAAGCGGACAUUGAACUGGACAAAUUGCGAAAGCCACUUGACGAAGUCUUGGCAAAACCAAGAAGAUCUACCAAUGACGCUAAGAAAGACUUCGAUGUUAUUUCUGAGGAGAGGAAAAAGACGAAUAUUCUCAACGACAAAGUUCGUCAACUUCAACAGCUUUCUGAACUUCUCGAUCCUCUUGAGAGCGCCUAUGCCGACGUUCGAUUCAUCGACGUUGACGCAGAACAGAUGGAGAAGCAGUAUGAUGACGUACUGAAUGAGAUGUCAUCUGAAAUCGAGGACGAGAAUCUGCUCUGUGACUCUGUAGAUCACUUCAACACCGAGAUGAAUUCUAUCUCUGAUCUGCUAUCCAAAGAGCCCACCAAAGAGAAUAUUGCAAAUGUCGAACAAUUCCAACUUCCGGCACUUCGAGCACAACUAGCGAUGCUGAAGGAGAAACAAGACGAGGCAAAUCAUGCUCGUAAGCAUGUGGAUCCAGACUCCUCUCGCUUCGCUGCCCUAGAAGAUCGUAUGAAGAGCCUUGACUCGAUGCUAGAAGAUGCCAAGAAAGCCACUGAGAAGGACGAACAGGAGCGUAUCAUCGUCAUGAUUACUGUACGACUCUCGCAACUUGAAACGCUUCCUCUCCAUGAGCUUACCGAAGAUUCACUGAAUGAGGUGGAGAACCAACUUCAGAAUCUUCCUAAGGACAAGGCUGAACAGCUACAGAAGCAAAUCGAGGACUUGCGAAAUGCCAAGAAGCAACAGGAUGACACUAUUCGUGACACUGCUCAACGCUUGGCACAAAUCGAAGAUGCAAUUGCUGCACUUCCAACAGCUCAAGACAUUCCGACACUCGAAGACAAACUUGCACGAAUGCGUGAAAUUCGCGAAAGUCUACUGAAUUUGCCAAUUACUGCUGAGAAGGAUGUUGACGAUAGGGCAGAGAAUGACAGGAAGAAAGUCGACGAAAUGACGAAACAUGAUGAAGAACAACUUCAGAAUAUGUUGACUGAACGCGAUCUUCGCAACACUGCGGUUCAAUCGCUUGAUCAACUCGAACAAGACGUUGCGGACAUCGAACAAAGCUUGCCUGUUCCAUCGACAUCCUCUAAUGAUGUUAUAGCGUUCCAGCAGAAUAGAAUACCAAAACUGACAGCAAGAGUAGACGCGAUCGCUGACAUUCCUGCUGACUUACUGCCAAAGAAGGAAGAACUUUCGCAUAGAAUCGAUGACGUCAAUAAGAAAUUGGACGAUCAAGUUAAUGACCUGAAACGAUUCGAAGACAAGACCAUCGAACUACAGAAUGUUGUCAACGAGUGUCGUGGCAAGAUGAAGAAGCUAGAGUUACCAGAACCGAUCGAUACUGCUCAGAAAGAUGCUGAAGACCUGUCGGCAAUUCUAGCCACAAUCGAGGCAAUUCCUCAGGAAGAACUGUCGCCGCGAAAUCAACUGGCUCGUGAUGCAAGCACCAUCAAGCAACAGGCUAAGGAGCAACUUUCUACACUGCGAAAAGCUCUUGACGAUGAAGAAAAGGCUCGUGAAAGACAGGACGAGGUGAAGAACAGAUUGUCAGCCAUUGCCGACAGCCUAAACAAGGUUGAUCCGCAAAAUGUUGAAUCUGCGCAGCAGCUGGUUUCAAGCCUUGAGCCUGAACUGCAGAAGCUGACUGGCAUCGCUGACACAUGUAAUGAAUUCGCUAACACUUCAUCUCCUGUUGUGAGCCACGAUGAUCUCGACAAAACGCUUCCUGAUCAAGUACGGGAAUUGCAGAAGAAGUGUGAAGAUGUGAAGACAAAGGCCGAACAACAAGCAAAGUUGAACGCCGUCGCACCUGAAAUCUUGAUGAUCUCGGAAAGUUUGCAGCAGCAACCGGAAGAGAUCCCAUCAAAUCUCAACGAACAACAAUCUGUACUUGAAGAUCUCGAAUCAAAGAAGCAACGCCUCGAAAACCUCUUGCAGACCAUACCAGCCGGCGAUGCAACGGAGGAGUUGAGGCAAAAGAGCGCAUGGGAUUUGUCAAGACUGAAAGACCUUCUGAAGAGACUUGGCGACUCAGUCGGCGACAAGCUGGCUGCGUUAGCCGCUUUCAAUGCCGCACGCAAGGAUGCUGAAGAUCAGCUUCUUGCCAUCACUGGUCCUGUGUCUGAAGAGAAGACACCUGACGAACUGAAGAAGGACGAAGAAUCGUUAGCUAGAUUACAGCAAAAUAUCUCACAACUCAACCGUGAUGGUCUGGACGACGAACAGAGAGACGAACAUGCUCAACUGCUCGACCGUAUCAACAAGACACUUGAUGUUCUCAAGCAGCGUCGAAGUGCACUGGAGGACGAACUUUCUAAACGAGCAGCCGAACAACAACUGGCAGAUACCAUCACACCGAUAUCCACACGAUUAGUCCAACUUGUCAACGAUGCUAAUCGGCUGUUGGGAGAUGCAGAAGGAGUACCAGCACAAUAUAGACCAACUGCAGAAGAUUUGGCUGAUGAAUGCAAGAAGGCCGAAACUCUUCUGCAGGAUGCACCAAAAUCGCAUCCUUCUGUGCAAGCCCUCGAAGCAGUCCUAUCUCCCGCUCAAAGCAUGAUCCCUGUCUUGCAAGAACGCGCCAACAACUGGGAUGCAUUUGUGCGCAUAAGAGAAGAAGCGGACAUUGAACUGGACAAAUUGCGAAAGCCACUUGACGAAGUCUUGGCAAAACCAAGAAGAUCUACCAAUGACGCUAAGAAAGACUUCGAUGUUAUUUCUGAGGAGAGGAAAAAGACGAAUAUUCUCAACGACAAAGUUCGUCAACUUCAACAGCUUUCUGAACUUCUCGAUCCUCUUGAGAGCGCCUAUGCCGACGUUCGAUUCAUCGACGUUGACGCAGAACAGAUGGAGAAGCAGUAUGAUGACGUACUGAAUGAGAUGUCAUCUGAAAUCGAGGACGAGAAUCUGCUCUGUGACUCUGUAGAUCACUUCAACACCGAGAUGAAUUCUAUCUCUGAUCUGCUAUCCAAAGAGCCCACCAAAGAGAAUAUUGCAAAUGUCGAACAAUUCCAACUUCCGGCACUUCGAGCACAACUAGCGAUGCUGAAGGAGAAACAAGACGAGGCAAAUCAUGCUCGUAAGCAUGUGGAUCCAGACUCCUCUCGCUUCGCUGCCCUAGAAGAUCGUAUGAAGAGCCUUGACUCGAUGCUAGAAGAUGCCAAGAAAGCCACUGAGAAGGACGAACAGGAGCGUAUCAUCGUCAUGAUUACUGUACGACUCUCGCAACUUGAAACGCUUCCUCUCCAUGAGCUUACCGAAGAUUCACUGAAUGAGGUGGAGAACCAACUUCAGAAUCUUCCUAAGGACAAGGCUGAACAGCUACAGAAGCAAAUCGAGGACUUGCGAAAUGCCAAGAAGCAACAGGAUGACACUAUUCGUGACACUGCUCAACGCUUGGCACAAAUCGAAGAUGCAAUUGCUGCACUUCCAACAGCUCAAGACAUUCCGACACUCGAAGACAAACUUGCACGAAUGCGUGAAAUUCGCGAAAGUCUACUGAAUUUGCCGAUUACUGCUGAGAAGGAUGUUGACGAUAGGGCAGAGAAUGAUAGGAAGAAAGUCGACGAAAUGACGAAACAUGAUGAAGAACAACUUCAGAAUAUGUUGACUGAACGCGAUCUUCGCAACACUGCGGUUCAAUCGCUUGAUCAACUCGAACAAGACGUUGCGGACAUCGAACAAAGCUUGCCUGUUCCAUCGACAUCCUCUAAUGAUGUUAUAGCGUUCCAGCAGAAUAGAAUACCAAAACUGACAGCAAGAGUAGACGCGAUCGCUGACAUUCCUGCUGACUUACUGCCAAAGAAGGAAGAACUUUCGCAUAGAAUCGAUGACGUCAAUAAGAAAUUGGACGAUCAAGUUAAUGACCUGAAACGAUUCGAAGACAAGACCAUCGAACUACAGAAUGUUGUCGACGAGUGUCGUGGCAAGAUGAAGAAGCUAGAGUUACCAGAACCGAUCGAUACUGCUCAGAAAGAUGCUGAAGACCUGUCGGCAAUUCUAGCCACAAUCGAGGCAAUUCCUCAGGAAGAACUGUCGCCGCGAAAUCAACUGGCUCGUGAUGCAAGCACCAUCAAGCAACAGGCUAAGGAGCAACUUUCUACACUGCGAAAAGCUCUUGACGAUGAAGAAAAGGCUCGUGAAAGACAGGACGAGGUGAAGAACAGAUUGUCAGCCAUUGCCGACAGCCUAAACAAGGUUGAUCCGCAAAAUGUUGAAUCUGCGCAGCAGCUGGUUUCAAGCCUUGAGCCUGAACUGCAGAAGCUGACUGGCAUCGCUGACACAUGUAAUGAAUUCGCUAACACUUCAUCUCCUGUUGUGAGCCACGAUGAUCUCGACAAAACGCUUCCUGAUCAAGUACGGGAAUUGCAGAAGAAGUGUGAAGAUGUGAAGACAAAGGCCGAACAACAAGCAAAGUUGAACGCCGUCGCACCUGAAAUCUUGAUGAUCUCGGAAAGUUUGCAGCAGCAACCGGAAGAGAUCCCAUCAAAUCUCAACGAACAACAAUCUGUACUUGAAGAUCUCGAAUCAAAGAAGCAACGCCUCGAAAACCUCUUGCAGACCAUACCAGCCGGCGAUGCAACGGAGGAGUUGAGGCAAAAGAGCGCAUGGGAUUUGUCAAGACUGAAAGACCUUCUGAAGAGACUUGGCGACUCAGUCGGCGACAAGCUGGCUGCGUUAGCCGCUUUCAAUGCCGCACGCAAGGAUGCUGAAGAUCAGCUUCUUGCCAUCACUGGUCCUGUGUCUGAAGAGAAGACACCUGACGAACUGAAGAAGGACGAAGAAUCGUUAGCUAGAUUACAGCAAAAUAUCUCACAACUCAACCGUGAUGGUCUGGACGACGAACAGAGAGACGAACAUGCUCAACUGCUCGACCGUAUCAACAAGACACUUGAUGUUCUCAAGCAGCGUCGAAGUGCACUGGAGGACGAACUUUCUAAACGAGCAGCCGAACAACAACUGGCAGAUACCAUCACACCGAUAUCCACACGAUUAGUCCAACUUGUCAACGAUGCUAAUCGGCUGUUGGGAGAUGCAGAAGGAGUACCAGCACAAUAUAGACCAACUGCAGAAGAUUUGGCUGAUGAAUGCAAGAAGGCCGAAACUCUUCUGCAGGAUGCACCAAAAUCGCAUCCUUCUGUGCAAGCCCUCGAAGCAGUCCUAUCUCCCGCUCAAAGCAUGAUCCCUGUCUUGCAAGAACGCGCCAACAACUGGGAUGCAUUUGUGCGCAUAAGAGAAGAAGCGGACAUUGAACUGGACAAAUUGCGAAAGCCACUUGACGAAGUCUUGGCAAAACCAAGAAGAUCUACCAAUGACGCUAAGAAAGACUUCGAUGUUAUUUCUGAGGAGAGGAAAAAGACGAAUAUUCUCAACGACAAAGUUCGUCAACUUCAACAGCUUUCUGAACUUCUCGAUCCUCUUGAGAGCGCCUAUGCCGACGUUCGAUUCAUCGACGUUGACGCAGAACAGAUGGAGAAGCAGUAUGAUGACGUACUGAAUGAGAUGUCAUCUGAAAUCGAGGACGAGAAUCUGCUCUGUGACUCUGUAGAUCACUUCAACACCGAGAUGAAUUCUAUCUCUGAUCUGCUAUCCAAAGAGCCCACCAAAGAGAAUAUUGCAAAUGUCGAACAAUUCCAACUUCCGGCACUUCGAGCACAACUAGCGAUGCUGAAGGAGAAACAAGACGAGGCAAAUCAUGCUCGUAAGCAUGUGGAUCCAGACUCCUCUCGCUUUGCUGCCCUAGAAGAUCGUAUGAAGAGCCUUGACUCGAUGCUAGAAGAUGCCAAGAAAGCCACUGAGAAGGACGAACAGGAGCGUAUCAUCGUCAUGAUUACUGUACGACUCUCGCAACUUGAAACGCUUCCUCUCCAUGAGCUUACCGAAGAUUCACUGAAUGAGGUGGAGAACCAACUUCAGAAUCUUCCUAAGGACAAGGCUGAACAGCUACAGAAGCAAAUCGAGGACUUGCGAAAUGCCAAGAAGCAACAGGAUGACACUAUUCGUGACACUGCUCAACGCUUGGCACAAAUCGAAGAUGCAAUUGCUGCACUUCCAACAGCUCAAGACAUUCCGACACUCGAAGACAAACUUGCACGAAUGCGUGAAAUUCGCGAAAGUCUACUGAAUUUGCCGAUUACUGCUGAGAAGGAUGUUGACGAUAGGGCAGAGAAUGAUAGGAAGAAAGUCGACGAAAUGACGAAACAUGAUGAAGAACAACUUCAGAAUAUGUUGACUGAACGCGAUCUUCGCAACACUGCGGUUCAAUCGCUUGAUCAACUCGAACAAGACGUUGCGGACAUCGAACAAAGCUUGCCUGUUCCAUCGACAUCCUCUAAUGAUGUUAUAGCGUUCCAGCAGAAUAGAAUACCAAAACUGACAGCAAGAGUAGACGCGAUCGCUGACAUUCCUGCUGACUUACUGCCAAAGAAGGAAGAACUUUCGCAUAGAAUCGAUGACGUCAAUAAGAAAUUGGACGAUCAAGUUAAUGACCUGAAACGAUUCGAAGACAAGACCAUCGAACUACAGAAUGUUGUCGACGAGUGUCGUGGCAAGAUGAAGAAGCUAGAGUUACCAGAACCGAUCGAUACUGCUCAGAAAGAUGCUGAAGACCUGUCGGCAAUUCUAGCCACAAUCGAGGCAAUUCCUCAGGAAGAACUGUCGCCGCGAAAUCAACUGGCUCGUGAUGCAAGCACCAUCAAGCAACAGGCUAAGGAGCAACUUUCUACACUGCGAAAAGCUCUUGACGAUGAAGAAAAGGCUCGUGAAAGACAGGACGAGGUGAAGAACAGAUUGUCAGCCAUUGCCGACAGCCUAAACAAGGUUGAUCCGCAAAAUGUUGAAUCUGCGCAGCAGCUGGUUUCAAGCCUUGAGCCUGAACUGCAGAAGCUGACUGGCAUCGCUGACACAUGUAAUGAAUUCGCUAACACUUCAUCUCCUGUUGUGAGCCACGAUGAUCUCGACAAAACGCUUCCUGAUCAAGUACGGGAAUUGCAGAAGAAGUGUGAAGAUGUGAAGACAAAGGCCGAACAACAAGCAAAGUUGAACGCCGUCGCACCUGAAAUCUUGAUGAUCUCGGAAAGUUUGCAGCAGCAACCGGAAGAGAUCCCAUCAAAUCUCAACGAACAACAAUCUGUACUUGAAGAUCUCGAAUCAAAGAAGCAACGCCUCGAAAACCUCUUGCAGACCAUACCAGCCGGCGAUGCAACGGAGGAGUUGAGGCAAAAGAGCGCAUGGGAUUUGUCAAGACUGAAAGACCUUCUGAAGAGACUUGGCGACUCAGUCGGCGACAAGCUGGCUGCGUUAGCCGCUUUCAAUGCCGCACGCAAGGAUGCUGAAGAUCAGCUUCUUGCCAUCACUGGUCCUGUGUCUGAAGAGAAGACACCUGACGAACUGAAGAAGGACGAAGAAUCGUUAGCUAGAUUACAGCAAAAUAUCUCACAACUCAACCGUGAUGGUCUGGACGACGAACAGAGAGACGAACAUGCUCAACUGCUCGACCGUAUCAACAAGACACUUGAUGUUCUCAAGCAGCGUCGAAGUGCACUGGAGGACGAACUUUCUAAACGAGCAGCCGAACAACAACUGGCAGAUACCAUCACACCGAUAUCCACACGAUUAGUCCAACUUGUCAACGAUGCUAAUCGGCUGUUGGGAGAUGCAGAAGGAGUACCAGCACAAUAUAGACCAACUGCAGAAGAUUUGGCUGAUGAAUGCAAGAAGGCCGAAACUCUUCUGCAGGAUGCACCAAAAUCGCAUCCUUCUGUGCAAGCCCUCGAAGCAGUCCUAUCUCCCGCUCAAAGCAUGAUCCCUGUCUUGCAAGAACGCGCCAACAACUGGGAUGCAUUUGUGCGCAUAAGAGAAGAAGCGGACAUUGAACUGGACAAAUUGCGAAAGCCACUUGACGAAGUCUUGACAAAACCAAGAAGAUCUACCAAUGACGCUAAGAAAGACUUCGAUGUUAUUUCUGAGGAGAGGAAAAAGACGAAUAUUCUCAACGACAAAGUUCGUCAACUUCAACAGCUUUCUGAACUUCUCGAUCCUCUUGAGAGCGCCUAUGCCGACGUUCGAUUCAUCGACGUUGACGCAGAACAGAUGGAGAAGCAGUAUGAUGACGUACUGAAUGAGAUGUCAUCUGAAAUCGAGGACGAGAAUCUGCUCUGUGACUCUGUAGAUCACUUCAACACCGAGAUGAAUUCUAUCUCUGAUCUGCUAUCCAAAGAGCCCACCAAAGAGAAUAUUGCAAAUGUCGAACAAUUCCAACUUCCGGCACUUCGAGCACAACUAGCGAUGCUGAAGGAGAAACAAGACGAGGCAAAUCAUGCUCGUAAGCAUGUGGAUCCAGACUCCUCUCGCUUCGCUGCCCUAGAAGAUCGUAUGAAGAGCCUUGACUCGAUGCUAGAAGAUGCCAAGAAAGCCACUGAGAAGGACGAACAGGAGCGUAUCAUCGUCAUGAUUACUGUACGACUCUCGCAACUUGAAACGCUUCCUCUCCAUGAGCUUACCGAAGAUUCACUGAAUGAGGUGGAGAACCAACUUCAGAAUCUUCCUAAGGACAAGGCUGAACAGCUACAGAAGCAAAUCGAGGACUUGCGAAAUGCCAAGAAGCAACAGGAUGACACUAUUCGUGACACUGCUCAACGCUUGGCACAAAUCGAAGAUGCAAUUGCUGCACUUCCAACAGCUCAAGACAUUCCGACACUCGAAGACAAACUUGCACGAAUGCGUGAAAUUCGCGAAAGUCUACUGAAUUUGCCGAUUACUGCUGAGAAGGAUGUUGACGAUAGGGCAGAGAAUGACAGGAAGAAAGUCGACGAAAUGACGAAACAUGAUGAAGAACAACUUCAGAAUAUGUUGACUGAACGCGAUCUUCGCAACACUGCGGUUCAAUCGCUUGAUCAACUCGAACAAGACGUUGCGGACAUCGAACAAAGCUUGCCUGUUCCAUCGACAUCCUCUAAUGAUGUUAUAGCGUUCCAGCAGAAUAGAAUACCAAAACUGACAGCAAGAGUAGACGCGAUCGCUGACAUUCCUGCUGACUUACUGCCAAAGAAGGAAGAACUUUCGCAUAGAAUCGAUGACGUCAAUAAGAAAUUGGACGAUCAAGUUAAUGACCUGAAACGAUUCGAAGACAAGACCAUCGAACUACAGAAUGUUGUCGACGAGUGUCGUGGCAAGAUGAAGAAGCUAGAGUUACCAGAACCGAUCGAUACUGCUCAGAAAGAUGCUGAAGACCUGUCGGCAAUUCUAGCCACAAUCGAGGCAAUUCCUCAGGAAGAACUGUCGCCGCGAAAUCAACUGGCUCGUGAUGCAAGCACCAUCAAGCAACAGGCUAAGGAGCAACUUUCUACACUGCGAAAAGCUCUUGACGAUGAAGAAAAGGCUCGUGAAAGACAGGACGAGGUGAAGAACAGAUUGUCAGCCAUUGCCGACAGCCUAAACAAGGUUGAUCCGCAAAAUGUUGAAUCUGCGCAGCAGCUGGUUUCAAGCCUUGAGCCUGAACUGCAGAAGCUGACUGGCAUCGCUGACACAUGUAAUGAAUUCGCUAACACUUCAUCUCCUGUUGUGAGCCACGAUGAUCUCGACAAAACGCUUCCUGAUCAAGUACGGGAAUUGCAGAAGAAGUGUGAAGAUGUGAAGACAAAGGCCGAACAACAAGCAAAGUUGAACGCCGUCGCACCUGAAAUCUUGAUGAUCUCGGAAAGUUUGCAGCAGCAACCGGAAGAGAUCCCAUCAAAUCUCAACGAACAACAAUCUGUACUUGAAGAUCUCGAAUCAAAGAAGCAACGCCUCGAAAACCUCUUGCAGACCAUACCAGCCGGCGAUGCAACGGAGGAGUUGAGGCAAAAGAGCGCAUGGGAUUUGUCAAGACUGAAAGACCUUCUGAAGAGACUUGGCGACUCAGUCGGCGACAAGCUGGCUGCGUUAGCCGCUUUCAAUGCCGCACGCAAGGAUGCUGAAGAUCAGCUUCUCGCCAUCACUGGUCCUGUGUCUGAAGAGAAGACACCUGACGAACUGAAGAAGGACGAAGAAUCGUUAGCUAGAUUACAGCAAAAUAUCUCACAACUCAACCGUGAUGGUCUGGACGACGAACAGAGAGACGAACAUGCUCAACUGCUCGACCGUAUCAACAAGACACUUGAUGUUCUCAAGCAGCGUCGAAGUGCACUGGAGGACGAACUUUCUAAACGAGCAGCCGAACAACAACUGGCAGAUACCAUCACACCGAUAUCCACACGAUUAGUCCAACUUGUCAACGAUGCUAAUCGGCUGUUGGGAGAUGCAGAAGGAGUACCAGCACAAUAUAGACCAACUGCAGAAGAUUUGGCUGAUGAAUGCAAGAAGGCCGAAACUCUUCUGCAGGAUGCACCAAAAUCGCAUCCUUCUGUGCAAGCCCUCGAAGCAGUCCUAUCUCCCGCUCAAAGCAUGAUCCCUGUCUUGCAAGAACGCGCCAACAACUGGGAUGCAUUUGUGCGCAUAAGAGAAGAAGCGGACAUUGAACUGGACAAAUUGCGAAAGCCACUUGACGAAGUCUUGGCAAAACCAAGAAGAUCUACCAAUGACGCUAAGAAAGACUUCGAUGUUAUUUCUGAGGAGAGGAAAAAGACGAAUAUUCUCAACGACAAAGUUCGUCAACUUCAACAGCUUUCUGAACUUCUCGAUCCUCUUGAGAGCGCCUAUGCCGACGUUCGAUUCAUCGACGUUGACGCAGAACAGAUGGAGAAGCAGUAUGAUGACGUACUGAAUGAGAUGUCAUCUGAAAUCGAGGACGAGAAUCUGCUCUGUGACUCUGUAGAUCACUUCAACACCGAGAUGAAUUCUAUCUCUGAUCUGCUAUCCAAAGAGCCCACCAAAGAGAAUAUUGCAAAUGUCGAACAAUUCCAACUUCCGGCACUUCGAGCACAACUAGCGAUGCUGAAGGAGAAACAAGACGAGGCAAAUCAUGCUCGUAAGCAUGUGGAUCCAGACUCCUCUCGCUUCGCUGCCCUAGAAGAUCGUAUGAAGAGCCUUGACUCGAUGCUAGAAGAUGCCAAGAAAGCCACUGAGAAGGACGAACAGGAGCGUAUCAUCGUCAUGAUUACUGUACGACUCUCGCAACUUGAAACGCUUCCUCUCCAUGAGCUUACCGAAGAUUCACUGAAUGAGGUGGAGAACCAACUUCAGAAUCUUCCUAAGGACAAGGCUGAACAGCUACAGAAGCAAAUCGAGGACUUGCGAAAUGCCAAGAAGCAACAGGAUGACACUAUUCGUGACACUGCUCAACGCUUGGCACAAAUCGAAGAUGCAAUUGCUGCACUUCCAACAGCUCAAGACAUUCCGACACUCGAAGACAAACUUGCACGAAUGCGUGAAAUUCGCGAAAGUCUACUGAAUUUGCCAAUUACUGCUGAGAAGGAUGUUGACGAUAGGGCAGAGAAUGACAGGAAGAAAGUCGACGAAAUGACGAAACAUGAUGAAGAACAACUUCAGAAUAUGUUGACUGAACGCGAUCUUCGCAACACUGCGGUUCAAUCGCUUGAUCAACUCGAACAAGACGUUGCGGACAUCGAACAAAGCUUGCCUGUUCCAUCGACAUCCUCUAAUGAUGUUAUAGCGUUCCAGCAGAAUAGAAUACCAAAACUGACAGCAAGAGUAGACGCGAUCGCUGACAUUCCUGCUGACUUACUGCCAAAGAAGGAAGAACUUUCGCAUAGAAUCGAUGACGUCAAUAAGAAAUUGGACGAUCAAGUUAAUGACCUGAAACGAUUCGAAGACAAGACCAUCGAACUACAGAAUGUUGUCAACGAGUGUCGUGGCAAGAUGAAGAAGCUAGAGUUACCAGAACCGAUCGAUACUGCUCAGAAAGAUGCUGAAGACCUGUCGGCAAUUCUAGCCACAAUCGAGGCAAUUCCUCAGGAAGAACUGUCGCCGCGAAAUCAACUGGCUCGUGAUGCAAGCACCAUCAAGCAACAGGCUAAGGAGCAACUUUCUACACUGCGAAAAGCUCUUGACGAUGAAGAAAAGGCUCGUGAAAGACAGGACGAGGUGAAGAACAGAUUGUCAGCCAUUGCCGACAGCCUAAACAAGGUUGAUCCGCAAAAUGUUGAAUCUGCGCAGCAGCUGGUUUCAAGCCUUGAGCCUGAACUGCAGAAGCUGACUGGCAUCGCUGACACAUGUAAUGAAUUCGCUAACACUUCAUCUCCUGUUGUGAGCCACGAUGAUCUCGACAAAACGCUUCCUGAUCAAGUACGGGAAUUGCAGAAGAAGUGUGAAGAUGUGAAGACAAAGGCCGAACAACAAGCAAAGUUGAACGCCGUCGCACCUGAAAUCUUGAUGAUCUCGGAAAGUUUGCAGCAGCAACCGGAAGAGAUCCCAUCAAAUCUCAACGAACAACAAUCUGUACUUGAAGAUCUCGAAUCAAAGAAGCAACGCCUCGAAAACCUCUUGCAGACCAUACCAGCCGGCGAUGCAACGGAGGAGUUGAGGCAAAAGAGCGCAUGGGAUUUGUCAAGACUGAAAGACCUUCUGAAGAGACUUGGCGACUCAGUCGGCGACAAGCUGGCUGCGUUAGCCGCUUUCAAUGCCGCACGCAAGGAUGCUGAAGAUCAGCUUCUUGCCAUCACUGGUCCUGUGUCUGAAGAGAAGACACCUGACGAACUGAAGAAGGACGAAGAAUCGUUAGCUAGAUUACAGCAAAAUAUCUCACAACUCAACCGUGAUGGUCUGGACGACGAACAGAGAGACGAACAUGCUCAACUGCUCGACCGUAUCAACAAGACACUUGAUGUUCUCAAGCAGCGUCGAAGUGCACUGGAGGACGAACUUUCUAAACGAGCAGCCGAACAACAACUGGCAGAUACCAUCACACCGAUAUCCACACGAUUAGUCCAACUUGUCAACGAUGCUAAUCGGCUGUUGGGAGAUGCAGAAGGAGUACCAGCACAAUAUAGACCAACUGCAGAAGAUUUGGCUGAUGAAUGCAAGAAGGCCGAAACUCUUCUGCAGGAUGCACCAAAAUCGCAUCCUUCUGUGCAAGCCCUCGAAGCAGUCCUAUCUCCCGCUCAAAGCAUGAUCCCUGUCUUGCAAGAACGCGCCAACAACUGGGAUGCAUUUGUGCGCAUAAGAGAAGAAGCGGACAUUGAACUGGACAAAUUGCGAAAGCCACUUGACGAAGUCUUGGCAAAACCAAGAAGAUCUACCAAUGACGCUAAGAAAGACUUCGAUGUUAUUUCUGAGGAGAGGAAAAAGACGAAUAUUCUCAACGACAAAGUUCGUCAACUUCAACAGCUUUCUGAACUUCUCGAUCCUCUUGAGAGCGCCUAUGCCGACGUUCGAUUCAUCGACGUUGACGCAGAACAGAUGGAGAAGCAGUAUGAUGACGUACUGAAUGAGAUGUCAUCUGAAAUCGAGGACGAGAAUCUGCUCUGUGACUCUGUAGAUCACUUCAACACCGAGAUGAAUUCUAUCUCUGAUCUGCUAUCCAAAGAGCCCACCAAAGAGAAUAUUGCAAAUGUCGAACAAUUCCAACUUCCGGCACUUCGAGCACAACUAGCGAUGCUGAAGGAGAAACAAGACGAGGCAAAUCAUGCUCGUAAGCAUGUGGAUCCAGACUCCUCUCGCUUCGCUGCCCUAGAAGAUCGUAUGAAGAGCCUUGACUCGAUGCUAGAAGAUGCCAAGAAAGCCACUGAGAAGGACGAACAGGAGCGUAUCAUCGUCAUGAUUACUGUACGACUCUCGCAACUUGAAACGCUUCCUCUCCAUGAGCUUACCGAAGAUUCACUGAAUGAGGUGGAGAACCAACUUCAGAAUCUUCCUAAGGACAAGGCUGAACAGCUACAGAAGCAAAUCGAGGACUUGCGAAAUGCCAAGAAGCAACAGGAUGACACUAUUCGUGACACUGCUCAACGCUUGGCACAAAUCGAAGAUGCAAUUGCUGCACUUCCAACAGCUCAAGACAUUCCGACACUCGAAGACAAACUUGCACGAAUGCGUGAAAUUCGCGAAAGUCUACUGAAUUUGCCGAUUACUGCUGAGAAGGAUGUUGACGAUAGGGCAGAGAAUGAUAGGAAGAAAGUCGACGAAAUGACGAAACAUGAUGAAGAACAACUUCAGAAUAUGUUGACUGAACGCGAUCUUCGCAACACUGCGGUUCAAUCGCUUGAUCAACUCGAACAAGACGUUGCGGACAUCGAACAAAGCUUGCGUGUUCCAUCGACAUCCUCUAAUGAUGUUAUAGCGUUCCAGCAGAAUAGAAUACCAAAACUGACAGCAAGAGUAGACGCGAUCGCUGACAUUCCUGCUGACUUACUGCCAAAGAAGGAAGAACUUUCGCAUAGAAUCGACGACGUCAAUAAGAAAUUGGACGAUCAAGUUAAUGACCUGAAACGAUUCGAAGACAAGACCAUCGAACUACAGAAUGUUGUCGACGAGUGUCGUGGCAAGAUGAAGAAGCUAGAGUUACCAGAACCGAUCGAUACUGCUCAGAAAGAUGCUGAAGACCUGUCGGCAAUUCUAGCCACAAUCGAGGCAAUUCCUCAGGAAGAACUGUCGCCGCGAAAUCAACUGGCUCGUGAUGCAAGCACCAUCAAGCAACAGGCUAAGGAGCAACUUUCUACACUGCGAAAAGCUCUUGACGAUGAAGAAAAGGCUCGUGAAAGACAGGACGAGGUGAAGAACAGAUUGUCAGCCAUUGCCGACAGCCUAAACAAGGUUGAUCCGCAAAAUGUUGAAUCUGCGCAGCAGCUGGUUUCAAGCCUUGAGCCUGAACUGCAGAAGCUGACUGGCAUCGCUGACACAUGUAAUGAAUUCGCUAACACUUCAUCUCCUGUUGUGAGCCACGAUGAUCUCGACAAAACGCUUCCUGAUCAAGUACGGGAAUUGCAGAAGAAGUGUGAAGAUGUGAAGACAAAGGCCGAACAACAAGCAAAGUUGAACGCCGUCGCACCUGAAAUCUUGAUGAUCUCGGAAAGUUUGCAGCAGCAACCGGAAGAGAUCCCAUCAAAUCUCAACGAACAACAAUCUGUACUUGAAGAUCUCGAAUCAAAGAAGCAACGCCUCGAAAACCUCUUGCAGACCAUACCAGCCGGCGAUGCAACGGAGGAGUUGAGGCAAAAGAGCGCAUGGGAUUUGUCAAGACUGAAAGACCUUCUGAAGAGACUUGGCGACUCAGUCGGCGACAAGCUGGCUGCGUUAGCCGCUUUCAAUGCCGCACGCAAGGAUGCUGAAGAUCAGCUUCUUGCCAUCACUGGUCCUGUGUCUGAAGAGAAGACACCUGACGAACUGAAGAAGGACGAAGAAUCGUUAGCUAGAUUACAGCAAAAUAUCUCACAACUCAACCGUGAUGGUCUGGACGACGAACAGAGAGACGAACAUGCUCAACUGCUCGACCGUAUCAACAAGACACUUGAUGUUCUCAAGCAGCGUCGAAGUGCACUGGAGGACGAACUUUCUAAACGAGCAGCCGAACAACAACUGGCAGAUACCAUCACACCGAUAUCCACACGAUUAGUCCAACUUGUCAACGAUGCUAAUCGGCUGUUGGGAGAUGCAGAAGGAGUACCAGCACAAUAUAGACCAACUGCAGAAGAUUUGGCUGAUGAAUGCAAGAAGGCCGAAACUCUUCUGCAGGAUGCACCAAAAUCGCAUCCUUCUGUGCAAGCCCUCGAAGCAGUCCUAUCUCCCGCUCAAAGCAUGAUCCCUGUCUUGCAAGAACGCGCCAACAACUGGGAUGCAUUUGUGCGCAUAAGAGAAGAAGCGGACAUUGAACUGGACAAAUUGCGAAAGCCACUCGACGAAGUCUUGGCAAAACCAAGAAGAUCUACCAAUGACGCUAAGAAAGACUUCGAUGUUAUUUCUAAGGAGAGGAAAAAGACGAAUAUUCUCAACGACAAAGUUCGUCAACUUCAACAGCUUUCUGAACUUCUCGAUCCUCUUGAGAGCGCCUAUGCCGACGUUCGAUUCAUCGACGUUGACGCAGAACAGAUGGAGAAGCAGUAUGAUGACGUACUGAAUGAGAUGUUAUCUGAAAUCGAGGACGAGAAUCUGCUCUGUGACUCUGUAGAUCACUUCAACACCGAGAUGAAUUCUAUCUCUGAUCUGCUAUCCAAAGAGCCCACCAAAGAGAAUAUUGCAAAUGUCGAACAAUUCCAACUUCCGGCACUUCGAGCACAACUAGCGAUGCUGAAGGAGAAACAAGACGAGGCAAAUCAUGCUCGUAAGCAUGUGGAUCCAGACUCCUCUCGCUUCGCUGCCCUAGAAGAUCGUAUGAAGAGCCUUGACUCGAUGCUAGAAGAUGCCAAGAAAGCCACUGAGAAGGACGAACAGGAGCGUAUCAUCGUCAUGAUUACUGUACGACUCUCGCAACUUGAAACGCUUCCUCUCCAUGAGCUUACCGAAGAUUCACUGAAUGAGGUGGAGAACCAACUUCAGAAUCUUCCUAAGGACAAGGCUGAACAGCUACAGAAGCAAAUCGAGGACUUGCGAAAUGCCAAGAAGCAACAGGAUGACACUAUUCGUGACACUGCUCAACGCUUGGCACAAAUCGAAGAUGCAAUUGCUGCACUUCCAACAGCUCAAGACAUUCCGACACUCGAAGACAAACUUGCACGAAUGCGUGAAAUUCGCGAAAGUCUACUGAAUUUGCCGAUUACUGCUGAGAAGGAUGUUGACGAUAGGGCAGAGAAUGAUAGGAAGAAAGUCGACGAAAUGACGAAACAUGAUGAAGAACAACUUCAGAAUAUGUUGACUGAACGCGAUCUUCGCAACACUGCGGUUCAAUCGCUUGAUCAACUCGAACAAGACGUUGCGGACAUCGAACAAAGCUUGCGUGUUCCAUCGACAUCCUCUAAUGAUGUUAUAGCGUUCCAGCAGAAUAGAAUACCAAAACUGACAGCAAGAGUAGACGCGAUCGCUGACAUUCCUGCUGACUUACUGCCAAAGAAGGAAGAACUUUCGCAUAGAAUCGACGACGUCAAUAAGAAAUUGGACGAUCAAGUUAAUGACCUGAAACGAUUCGAAGACAAGACCAUCGAACUACAGAAUGUUGUCGACGAGUGUCGUGGCAAGAUGAAGAAGCUAGAGUUACCAGAACCGAUCGAUACUGCUCAGAAAGAUGCUGAAGACCUGUCGGCAAUUCUAGCCACAAUCGAGGCAAUUCCUCAGGAAGAACUGUCGCCGCGAAAUCAACUGGCUCGUGAUGCAAGCACCAUCAAGCAACAGGCUAAGGAGCAACUUUCUACACUGCGAAAAGCUCUUGACGAUGAAGAAAAGGCUCGUGAAAGACAGGACGAGGUGAAGAACAGAUUGUCAGCCAUUGCCGACAGCCUAAACAAGGUUGAUCCGCAAAAUGUUGAAUCUGCGCAGCAGCUGGUUUCAAGCCUUGAGCCUGAACUGCAGAAGCUGACUGGCAUCGCUGACACAUGUAAUGAAUUCGCUAACACUUCAUCUCCUGUUGUGAGCCACGAUGAUCUCGACAAAACGCUUCCUGAUCAAGUACGGGAAUUGCAGAAGAAGUGUGAAGAUGUGAAGACAAAGGCCGAACAACAAGCAAAGUUGAACGCCGUCGCACCUGAAAUCUUGAUGAUCUCGGAAAGUUUGCAGCAGCAACCGGAAGAGAUCCCAUCAAAUCUCAACGAACAACAAUCUGUACUUGAAGAUCUCGAAUCAAAGAAGCAACGCCUCGAAAACCUCUUGCAGACCAUACCAGCCGGCGAUGCAACGGAGGAGUUGAGGCAAAAGAGCGCAUGGGAUUUGUCAAGACUGAAAGACCUUCUGAAGAGACUUGGCGACUCAGUCGGCGACAAGCUGGCUGCGUUAGCCGCUUUCAAUGCCGCACGCAAGGAUGCUGAAGAUCAGCUUCUUGCCAUCACUGGUCCUGUGUCUGAAGAGAAGACACCUGACGAACUGAAGAAGGACGAAGAAUCGUUAGCUAGAUUACAGCAAAAUAUCUCACAACUCAACCGUGAUGGUCUGGACGACGAACAGAGAGACGAACAUGCUCAACUGCUCGACCGUAUCAACAAGACACUUGAUGUUCUCAAGCAGCGUCGAAGUGCACUGGAGGACGAACUUUCUAAACGAGCAGCCGAACAACAACUGGCAGAUACCAUCACACCGAUAUCCACACGAUUAGUCCAACUUGUCAACGAUGCUAAUCGGCUGUUGGGAGAUGCAGAAGGAGUACCAGCACAAUAUAGACCAACUGCAGAAGAUUUGGCUGAUGAAUGCAAGAAGGCCGAAACUCUUCUGCAGGAUGCACCAAAAUCGCAUCCUUCUGUGCAAGCCCUCGAAGCAGUCCUAUCUCCCGCUCAAAGCAUGAUCCCUGUCUUGCAAGAACGCGCCAACAACUGGGAUGCAUUUGUGCGCAUAAGAGAAGAAGCGGACAUUGAACUGGACAAAUUGCGAAAGCCACUCGACGAAGUCUUGGCAAAACCAAGAAGAUCUACCAAUGACGCUAAGAAAGACUUCGAUGUUAUUUCUAAGGAGAGGAAAAAGACGAAUAUUCUCAACGACAAAGUUCGUCAACUUCAACAGCUUUCUGAACUUCUCGAUCCUCUUGAGAGCGCCUAUGCCGACGUUCGAUUCAUCGACGUUGACGCAGAACAGAUGGAGAAGCAGUAUGAUGACGUACUGAAUGAGAUGUUAUCUGAAAUCGAGGACGAGAAUCUGCUCUGUGACUCUGUAGAUCACUUCAACACCGAGAUGAAUUCUAUCUCUGAUCUGCUAUCCAAAGAGCCCACCAAAGAGAAUAUUGCAAAUGUCGAACAAUUCCAACUUCCGGCACUUCGAGCACAACUAGCGAUGCUGAAGGAGAAACAAGACGAGGCAAAUCAUGCUCGUAAGCAUGUGGAUCCAGACUCCUCUCGCUUCGCUGCCCUAGAAGAUCGUAUGAAGAGCCUUGACUCGAUGCUAGAAGAUGCCAAGAAAGCCACUGAGAAGGACGAACAGGAGCGUAUCAUCGUCAUGAUUACUGUACGACUCUCGCAACUUGAAACGCUUCCUCUCCAUGAGCUUACCGAAGAUUCACUGAAUGAGGUGGAGAACCAACUUCAGAAUCUUCCUAAGGACAAGGCUGAACAGCUACAGAAGCAAAUCGAGGACUUGCGAAAUGCCAAGAAGCAACAGGAUGACACUAUUCGUGACACUGCUCAACGCUUGGCACAAAUCGAAGAUGCAAUUGCUGCACUUCCAACAGCUCAAGACAUUCCGACACUCGAAGACAAACUUGCACGAAUGCGUGAAAUUCGCGAAAGUCUACUGAAUUUGCCGAUUACUGCUGAGAAGGAUGUUGACGAUAGGGCAGAGAAUGAUAGGAAGAAAGUCGACGAAAUGACGAAACAUGAUGAAGAACAACUUCAGAAUAUGUUGACUGAACGCGAUCUUCGCAACACUGCGGUUCAAUCGCUUGAUCAACUCGAACAAGACGUUGCGGACAUCGAACAAAGCUUGCCUGUUCCAUCGACAUCCUCUAAUGAUGUUAUAGCGUUCCAGCAGAAUAGAAUACCAAAACUGACAGCAAGAGUAGACGCGAUCGCUGACAUUCCUGCUGACUUACUGCCAAAGAAGGAAGAACUUUCGCAUAGAAUCGAUGACGUCAAUAAGAAAUUGGACGAUCAAGUUAAUGACCUGAAACGAUUCGAAGACAAGACCAUCGAACUACAGAAUGUUGUCGACGAGUGUCGUGGCAAGAUGAAGAAGCUAGAGUUACCAGAACCGAUCGAUACUGCUCAGAAAGAUGCUGAAGACCUGUCGGCAAUUCUAGCCACAAUCGAGGCAAUUCCUCAGGAAGAACUGUCGCCGCGAAAUCAACUGGCUCGUGAUGCAAGCACCAUCAAGCAACAGGCUAAGGAGCAACUUUCUACACUGCGAAAAGCUCUUGACGAUGAAGAAAAGGCUCGUGAAAGACAGGACGAGGUGAAGAACAGAUUGUCAGCCAUUGCCGACAGCCUAAACAAGGUUGAUCCGCAAAAUGUUGAAUCUGCGCAGCAGCUGGUUUCAAGCCUUGAGCCUGAACUGCAGAAGCUGACUGGCAUCGCUGACACAUGUAAUGAAUUCGCUAACACUUCAUCUCCUGUUGUGAGCCACGAUGAUCUCGACAAAACGCUUCCUGAUCAAGUACGGGAAUUGCAGAAGAAGUGUGAAGAUGUGAAGACAAAGGCCGAACAACAAGCAAAGUUGAACGCCGUCGCACCUGAAAUCUUGAUGAUCUCGGAAAGUUUGCAGCAGCAACCGGAAGAGAUCCCAUCAAAUCUCAACGAACAACAAUCUGUACUUGAAGAUCUCGAAUCAAAGAAGCAACGCCUCGAAAACCUCUUGCAGACCAUACCAGCCGGCGAUGCAACGGAGGAGUUGAGGCAAAAGAGCGCAUGGGAUUUGUCAAGACUGAAAGACCUUCUGAAGAGACUUGGCGACUCAGUCGGCGACAAGCUGGCUGCAUUAGCCGCUUUCAAUGCCGCACGCAAGGAUGCUGAAGAUCAGCUUCUUGCCAUCACUGGUCCUGUGUCUGAAGAGAAGACACCUGACGAACUGAAGAAGGACGAAGAAUCGUUAGCUAGCUUACAGCAAAAUAUCUCACAACUCAACCGUGAUAGUCUGGACGACGAACAGAGAGACGAACAUGCUCAACUGCUCGACCGUAUCAACAAGACACUUGAUGUUCUCAAGCAGCGUCGGGGCGCAUUAGAGGACGAAUAUGCGAAACGAGCAGCCGAUCAACAAUUAACAGAUGCCAUCGCUCCAGUAUCCACACGAUUAGUCCAACUUGUCAAAGAUGCUAAUCAGCUGCUGGGAGAUGUAGAAGGAGUACCGGCACAGUAUAGACCAACUGCCGAAGAUUUGGCUGAUGAAUGCAAGAAGGCCAAAACUCUUUUGCAGGAUGCACCAAAAUCGCAUCCUUCUGUGCAAGCCCUCGAAGCAGUCCUAUCUCCUGCAGAAAGCAUGAUCAAGAUCUUGCAAGAACGUGCCAAUAAUUGGGAUACUUUUGUACAACUGAGGGAUGAAGCGGAUAUUGAACUAAGCAAAUUGAGAGAACCGCUUAACGAGGUAUUGGCGAAACCACGAAGAACUAUCAACGACGCAAACAGAGAUUUUGAUCGAUUGUCUGAAGAAAGAAAGAAGACAGAUGGCCUUGAUGACAAAGUCCUUCAACUCCAACAGCUUUCUGAGCUAUUUGAUCCUCUCGAAAGCCCCUAUGCAGACGUUCGCUUUAUCGACGUUGAUAGGGAACAACUGGAAAAACAAUAUGAUGAUGUCUUGUGUGAUUUAUCAGCGGAAAUUGAAGAUGAAAAGCUUCUGCAUGACUCUAUGGAUCACCUCAACACCGAAAUUAGCUCUAUUUCCGAUCUGCUAUCCACAGAGCCCAGUAAAGAGAAUAUUGAAAAUGCUGAUCAAUUCCAACUUCCGGCACUUCGAGCACAACUAGCGAUGUUGAAGGAGAAACAAGACGAGGCAAAUCAUGCUCGUAAGCAUGUGGAUCCAGACUUCUCUCGCUUCGCUGCCCUAGAAGAUCUUAUGAAGAGCCUUGACUCGAUGCUAGAAGAUGCCAAGAAAGCCUCUGAGAAGGACGAACAGGAGCGUAUCAUCGUUAUGAUUACUGUACGACUCUCGCAACUUGAAACGCUUCCUCUCCAUGAGCUUACCGAAGAUUCGCUGAAUGAGGUGGAGAACCAACUUCAGAAUCUUCCUAAGGACAAGGCUGAACAGCUACAGAAGCAAAUCGAGGACUUGCGAAAUGCCAAGAAGCAACAGGAUGACACUAUUCGUGACACUGCUCAACGCUUGGCACAAAUCGAAGAUGCAAUUGCUGCACUUCCAACAGCUCAAGACAUUCCGACACUCGAAGACAAACUUGCACGAAUGCGUGAAAUUCGCGAAAGUCUACUGAAUUUGCCGAUUACUGCUGAGAAGGAUGUUGACGAUAGGGCAGAGAAGGAUAGGAAGAAAGUCGACGAAAUGACGAAACAUGAUGAAGAACAACUUCAGAAUAUGUUGACUGAACGCGAUCUUCGCAACACUGCGGUUCAAUCGCUUGAUCAACUCGAACAAGACGUUGCGGACAUCGAACAAAGCUUACCUGUUCCUUCGACAUCCUCUAAUGAUGUUAUAGCGUUCCAGCAGAAUAGAAUACCAAAACUGACAGCAAGAGUAGACGCGAUCGCUGACAUUCCUGCUGACUUACUGCCAAAGAAGGAAGAACUUUCGCAUAGAAUCGAUGACGUCAAUAAGAAAUUGGACGAUCAAGUUAAUGACCUGAAACGAUUCGAAGAUAAGACGAUCGAACUACAGAAUGUUGUCGACGAGUGUCGUGGCAAGAUGAAGAAGCUAGAGUUACCAGAACCGAUCGAAACUGCUCAGAAAGAUGCUGAAGACCUGUCAGCAAUUCUGGCCACAAUCGAGGCAAUUCCUCAGGAAGAACUGUCCCUUAGAGGACAGCUGGGUGAAGAUGCAAGCACAAUCAGGCAACAGACAAAGGAGCAACUUUCUACACUGCGAGAAGCUCUUGACGAUGAAGAAAAGGCUCGUGAAAGACAGGACGAGGUGAAGAACAGAUUGUCAGCCAUUGCUGACAGCCUGAACAAGGCUGAUCCAGAGAAUUUCGAGUCUGCUUUGCAGCUAGUUUCAAGCCUUGAGCCUGAACUGCAGAAGCUGACUGGCAUCGCUGACACAUGUAAUGAAUUCGCUAACACUUCAUCUCCUGUUGUGAGCCACGAUGAUCUCGACAAAACGCUUCCUGAUCAAGUACGGGACUUGCAGAAGAAGUGUGAAGAUGUGAAGACAAAGGCCGAACAACAAGCAAAGUUGAACGCCGUCGCACCUGAAAUCUUGAUGAUCUCGGAAAGUUUGCAGCAGCAACCGGAAGAGAUCCCAUCAAAUCUCAACGAACAACAAUCUGUACUUGAAGAUCUCGAAUCAAAGAAGCAACGCCUCGAAAACCUCUUGCAGACCAUACCAGCCGGCGAUGCAACGGAGGAGUUGAGGCAAAAGAGCGCAUGGGAUUUGUCAAGACUGAAAGACCUUCUGAAGAGACUUGGCGACUCAGUCGGCGACAAGCUGGCUGCGUUAGCCGCUUUCAGUGCCGCACGCAAGGAUGCUGAAGAUCAGCUUCUUGCCAUCACUGGUCCUGUGUCUGAAGAGAAGACACCUGACGAACUGAAGAAGGACGAAGAAUCGUUAGCUAGAUUACACCAAAAUAUCUCACAACUCAACCGUGAUGGUCUGGACGACGAACAGAGAGACGAACAUGCUCAACUGCUCGACCGUAUCAACAAGACACUUGAUGAAUUAAAGCAUCGUCGAAUUGCCCUGGAGGACGAACUCUCGAAACGAGCAGCCGAACAGGAACUGGCAGAUACCAUCACACCGAUAUCCACACGAUUAGUCCAACUUGUCAACGAUGCUAAUCAGCUGUUAGGAGAUGCAGAAGGAGUACCAGCACAAUAUAGACCAACUGCAGAAGAUUUGACUGAUGAAUGCAAGAAGGCCGAAACUCUUCUGAAGGAUGCACCAAAAUCGCAUCCUUCUGUGCAAGCCCUCGAAGCAGUCUUAUCUUCCGCUCAAAGCAUGAUUCCAGUCUUGCAAGAACGCGCCAACAACUGGGAUACGUUUGUAGGAGUGAGGGAUGAGGCGGACACAGAUUUGAGUGAUAUGAGAGAGCCACUUGACGAAGUGACAGCAAAACCGCGAAGAUCUAUCAAUGACGCUAAAAAAGACUUCGAUCUAUUAUCUGAAAAGAGGAAGAAAGCAGAUGUUCUUAGCGACAAAAUUCAGCAACUUCAACAGCUUUCUGAGCUUCUCGAUCCUCUCGAAAGUCCUUACGCAGACAUACGUUUCAUAGACGUCGACAGAGAGCAACUCGAGAAGCAGUACGACGACGUACUAUGCGAUUUAUCAGCGGAAAUUGAAGACGAGAACCUUGUAUGUGACUCUGUAGAUCACUUCAACAACGAGAUAAAUUUCAUUGCUGAUAUGCUAUCCAGAAAGCCCACCAAAGAGGACUUGCAAAACGUUGGACAAUUCCAGCUUCCAGCACUUCAAGCACAACUAGCAAUGCUGAGGGAGAAACAUGAUGAGGCAAACCAUGCUCGCAAGCAUGUGGAUCCAGAUUCCUCUCGCUUCGCUGCCCUAGAAGAUCGUAUGAAAUGGGUUGUAACGCUGCUAGAGGACGCAGAAAAAACUGCCGAGAAGGAUGAACUAGAGCGUAUCAUCAUUAUGAUCACCGUCCGACUGUCGCAACUCGAAGCGCUUCCUCUUCAUGAGCUUCCCGAAGAUUCACUGAACGAUUUGGAGAAUCAACUUCAGAAUCUUCCUAAGGACAAGGCUGAACAGCUACAGAAGCAAAUCGAGGACUUGCGAAAUGCCAAAAAGCAACAGGAUGACACUAUUCGUGACACUGCUCAACGCUUAGCACAAAUCGAAGAUGCAAUUGCUGCACUUCCAACAGCUCAAGACAUUCCGACACUCGAAGACAAACUUGCACGAAUGCGUGAAAUUCGCGAAAGUCUACUGAAUUUGCCAAUUACCGCUGAGAAAGAUGUUGACGAUAGGGCAGAGAAUGACAGGAAGAAAGUCGACGAAAUGACGAAACAUGGUGAAGAACAACUACAGCACAUGCUGACUGAACGCGAUCUUCGCAACACUGCGGUUCAAUCGCUUGAUCAACUCGAACAAGACGUUGCGGACAUCGAACAAAGCUUACCUGUUCCAUCGACAUCCUCUAAUGAUGUUAUAGCGUUCCAGCAGAAUAGAGUACCAAAGCUGACAGCAAGAGUAGACGCAAUCGCUGACAUUCCUGCUGACUUACUGCCAAAGAAGGAAGAACUUUCGCAUAGAAUCGAUGACGUCAAUAAGAAAUUGGACGAUCAAGUUAAUGACCUGAAACGAUUCGAAGAUAAGACCAUCGAACUACAGAAUGUUGUCGACGAGUGUCGUGGCAAGAUGAAGAAGUUAGAGUUACCAGAACCGAUCGAUACUGCUCAGAAAGAUGCUGAAGACCUGUCAGCAAUUCUGGCCACAAUCGAGGCAAUUCCUCAGGAAGAACUGUCCCUUAGAGGACAGCUGGGUGAAGAGGCAAGCACAAUCAGGCAACAGACAAAGGAGCAACUUUCUACACUGCGAGAAGCUCUUGACGAUGAAGAAAAGGCUCGUGAAAGACAGGACGAGGUAAAGAACAGAUUGUCAGCCAUUGCCGACAGCCUGAACAAGGUUGAUCCGCAAAAUGUUGAAUCUGCGCAGCAGCUGGUUUCAAGCCUUGAGCCUGAACUGCAGAAGCUGACUGGCAUCGCUGACACAUGUAAUGAAUUCGCUAACACUUCAUCUCCUGUUGUGAGCCACGAUGAUCUCGACAAAACGCUUCCUGAUCAAGUACGGGAAUUGCAGAAGAAGUGUGAAGAUGUGAAGACAAAAGCCGAACAACAAGCAAAGUUGAACGCCGUCGCACCUGAAAUCUUGAUGAUCUCGGAAAGUUUGCAGCAGCAACCGGAAGAGAUCCCAUCAAAUCUCAACGAACAACAAUCUGUACUUGAAGAUCUCACAUCAAAGAAGCAACGCCUCGAAAACCUCUUGCAGACCAUACCAGCCGGCGAUGCAACGGAGGAGUUGAGGCAAAAGAGCGCAUGGGAUUUGUCAAGACUGAAAGACCUUCUGAAGAGACUUGGCGACUCAGUCGGCGACAAGCUGGCUGCGUUAGCCGCUUUCAAUGCCGCACGCAAGGAUGCUGAAGAUCAGCUCCUUGCCAUCACUGGUCCUGUGUCUGAAGAGAAGACACCUGACGAACUGAAGAAGGACGAAGAAUCGUUAGCUAGAUUACAGCAAAGUAUCUCACAACUCAACCGUGAUGGUCUGGACGACGAACAAAGAGACGAACAUGCUCGACUGUUGGAUCGUAUCAAUAAUACACUUGAUGUUCUCAAGCAGCGUCGAAGCGUUCUAGAGGAUGAACAUGCGAAACGAGCCGCCGAACAACAACUAGAAGAUACUAUCACACCGAUAUCCACACGACUGAUCCAACUCGUCAGUGAUGCCAAUCAGCUGUUAGGAGAUGCAGAAGGAGUACCAGCACAAUAUAGACCAACUGCAGAAGAGUUGGCUAACGAAUGCAAAAAAGCCGAAACUCUUUUACAGGAUGCACCGAAAUCCCAUCCUUCUGUGCAAGCCCUUGAAGCAGUACUAUCUCCUGCCCAAAGUAUUCUUAAUAUCAUGCAAGAGCGUGCUGACACCUGGGAGAGGUUCGCAAAACUGAGAGAAGAAGCAGACACCGAACUGAGCAGACUCAGAGAAUCACUUGACGAAGUGCUUCAGAAACCAAGAAGACCAAUAAAUGAUGCCAAAAAAGAUUUUGGUGCGCUGUCCGAACAAAGGGAUAAGAGCGAUAUCAACAACAAAAUUCGUCAAUUACAACAGCUAUGUGAAUCACUAAGUCCACUUGAAAGCCCCCAUGCAGAUGUUCGCUUUAUCGACGUUGAUUCAGAGCAACUGCAAAAACAGUAUGAAGACGUGAUGACUGAUUUAUCUGCGGAAAUAGCUGAGGAAGACCUUCUUUGUAACUCAGUAGAUCACUUCAAUAACGAGUUGAACUCGAUCGCUGAUCUCUUGUCAAAAAUGCCCGAUAGCGAAGAUAUUGAGAAUAUUGAAAAAUUCCAACUUCCUGCGCUCCGAGCUCAGCUGCUAAUGCUAAAAGAGAAACAUGACGAAGCAAAUUAUGCUCGAAAGCAUGUGGAUCCAGAGCCCUCUCGCAUUAGCGUUUUAGAGGAUCAAAUGAAGGCAGCUGAUUCACUGCUUGAAAACGCGAAGAAAACAGCUGAGAAGGACAAACAGGAACGUAUCAUCGUCAUGAUCACCGUACGACUUUCGGAACUUGAAACGCUUCCUCUCCAUGAGCUUACCGAAGAUUCACUGAACGAGAUGGAGAACCAACUCCAGGAUCUUCCUAAGGACAAGGCUGAACAGCUACAGAAGCAAAUCGAGGACUUGCGAAAUGCCAAAAAGCAACAGGAUGACACUAUCCGUGACACUGCUCAACGCUUGGCACAAAUCGAAGAUGCAAUUGCUGCACUUCCAACAGCUCAAGACAUUCCGACACUCGAAGACAAACUUGCACGAAUGCGUGAGAUUCGCGAAAGUCUACUGAAUUUGCCGAUUACCGCUGAGAAAGAUGUUGACGAUAGGGCAGAGAAUAACAGGAAGAAAGUCGACGAAAUGACGAAACAUGAUGAAGAACAACUUCAGCACAUGCUGACUGAACGCGAUCUUCGCAACAGUGCGGUUCAAUCGCUUGAUCAACUCGAACAAGACGUUGCGGACAUUGAACAAAGCUUGCCUGUUCCAUCGACAUCCUCUAAUGAUGUUAUAGCGUUCCAGCAGAAUAGAAUACCAAAACUGACAGCAAGAGUAGAUGCGAUCGCUGACAUUCCUGCUGACUUACUGCCAAAGAAGGAAGAACUUUCGCACAGAAUCGAUGACGUCAAUAAGAAAUUGGACGAUCAAGUUAAUGACCUGAAACAAUUCGAAGAUAAGACGAUCGAACUACAGAAUGUUGUCGACGAGUGUCGUGGCAAGAUGAAGAAGUUAGAGUUACCAGAACCAAUCGAAACUGCUCAGAAAGAUGCUGAAGACCUGUCAGCAAUUCUGGCCACAAUCGAGGCAAUUCCUCAGGAAGAACUGUCGGCUCGAAAUCAAGUGGCUCGUGAUGCAAGUACCAUCAAGCAACAAACAAAGGAGCAACUUUCUACACUGCGAAAAGCUCUUGGGGAUGAAGAAAAGGCCCGUGAAAGGCAGGAUGAACUAAAGAACAAAUUGUCAGCCAUUGCCGACAGUCUGAACAAGGUUGAUCCAGAAAAUUUCGAGUCUGCUUUGCAGCUAGUUUCAAGCCUUGAGCCUGAACUGCAGACGCUGUCUGGCAUCGCUGACACUUGUGAUCAAUUCGCUAGCACUUCAUCUCCUGUUGUGAGCCACGAUGACCUCGACAAAACGCUUCCUGAUCAAGUACGGGAAUUGCAGAAGAAGUGUGAAGACGUGAAAACGAAGGCCGAACAACUAGCAAAGUUGAACGCUGUCGCACCUGAAAUCUUGAUGAUUUCAGAAAGUCUGCAACAGCAGCCAGAGGAGAUCCCAUCAACUCUUGACGAACAGCAAUCUGUACUUGAAGAUCUCGAAUCAAAGAAGCAACGCCUCGAAAACCUCCUGCAGACCAUACCAGCCGGCGAUGCAGCGGAGGAGUUGAGGCAAAAGAGCGCAUGGGAUUUGUCAAGACUGAAAGACCUUCUAAAGAGACUCGGCGACUCAGUCGGCGACAAGCUGGCUGCGUUAGCCGCUUUCAAUGCCGCACGCAAGGAUGCUGAAGAUCAACUUCUUGCCAUCACUAGUCCCGUGUCUGAAGAGAAGACACCUGACGAACUGAAAAAGGACGAAGAAUCGUUAGCUAGAUUACAGCAAAAUAUCUCACAACUCAACCGUGAUGGUCUGGACGAUGAGCAAAGAGACGAACAUGCUCAACUGCUCGACCGUAUCAACAAGACUCUUGAUGUUCUCAAGCAGCGUCGAAUUGCCCUAGAAGACGAACUUGCAAAACGGGCAGCCGAACAACAACUGGCAGAUACCAUCAAACCAAUAUACACGCGAUUAGUCCAAUUAGUCAGCGAUGCUAAGCGGCUGUUGGAAGAUGCAGAAGGAGUACCAGCACAAUACAGACCAACUGCAGAAGAUUUGACUGAUGAAUGCAAGAAGGCCGAAACUCUUCUGCAGGAUGCACCAAAAUCGCAUCCUUCUGUGCAAGCCCUCGAAGCAGUCUUAUCUCCUGCUGAAAGCAUGUCUAAGGAUCUGCAGGAGCAUGCCAACAACUGGGACGCAUUCUCAAGGUUGAGAGAGGAAGCGGACGUCGAACUCGGCAAGCUGAGGAAAUCACUUGACGAAAUGUUGAGAAAGCCACGAAGAACGACAAACGACGCUCAGCAAGAUUUUGAUAUGCUAUCGGAAGAAAGAAAGAAAAUUUAUAAUCUCAGUGACAAAAUCCGUACACUUCAACAGCUUUCUGAACUACUCGAACCCCUGGAGAGCCCUCGUGCAGAUGUUCGAUUUAUCGACGUCGAUAUCGAACAAAUGGAGAAGCAGUACGAUGACGUAUUAUGUGAUUUAUCAGCAGAAGUCGAAGACGAGAACCUUUUGAGUGAUUCUGUGGAUCACUUCAUCAACGAGAUUAACUCCAUCUGCGAUCAGCUAUCUAAAGAGCUUACCAGAGAGAACCUCGAAAAUAUCGAGAAAUUCCAGACUCCUGCUCUUCGAGCGCAAUUAGCUAUGUUGAAGGAAAAACAAGAUGAAGCGAAUCAUUCCCGUAAACAUGUGGAUCCAGACUCUUCUCGUCUCGCUGUUUUAGAAGACCGUAUGAAGUCACUUGAUGCACUGCUAGAAGACGCGAAGAAAGCCGUUGAGAAGGACGAACAGGAGCGUAUCAUCGUCAUGAUUACUGUACGACUCUCGCAACUUGAAACGCUUCCUCUCCAUGAGCUUACCGAAGAUUCACUGAAUGAGGUGGAGAACCAACUUCAGAAUCUUCCUAAGGACAAGGCUGAACAGCUACAGAAGCAAAUCGAGGACUUGCGAAAUGCCAAGAAGCAACAGGAUGACACUAUUCGUGACACUGCUCAACGCUUGGCACAAAUCGAAGAUGCAAUUGCUGCACUUCCAACAGCUCAAGACAUUCCGACACUCGAAGACAAACUUGCACGAAUGCGUGAAAUUCGCGAAAGUCUACUGAAUUUGCCGAUUACUGCUGAGAAGGAUGUUGACGAUAGGGCAGAGAAUGAUAGGAAGAAAGUCGACGAAAUGACGAAACAUGAUGAAGAACAACUUCAGAAUAUGUUGACUGAACGCGAUCUUCGCAAGGCUGCUGUCCAAUCUCUGGAUCAACUUGAACAAGACGUUGCUGACAUUGAACAAAGCCUGCCCGUUCCAUCGACAUCUUCUAAUGAUGUGCUGGCGUUCCAGCAGAGUAGAAUACCAAAGCUGACAGCAAGUGUAGACGCAAUCGCUGACAUCCCUGCUGACUUACUGCCAAAGAAGGAAGAACUUUCACAUAGAAUCGAUGACGUCAAUAAGAAAUUGGACGAUCAAGUUAACGAUCUGAAACGAUUUGAAGAUAAGACGAUCGAACUACAGAAUGUUGUCGACGAGUGUCGUGGCAAGAUGAAGAAGCUAGAGUUACCAGAACCGAUCGAAACUGCUCAGAAAGAUGCUGAAGACCUGUCAGCUGUUCUGGCCAUAAUCGAGGCAAUUCCUCAGAAAGAACUGUCGCAGCGAAAUCAACUGGCUCGUGAUGCAAGUAACAUCAAGCAACAGAUAGAGGAGCAGCUAACAACAUUGCAGAAUGCUCUUGGUGAUGAAGAAAAGGCUCGUGAAAGACAGAAUGAGGUGAAAAACAGAUUGUCAGCCAUUGCUGACAGCCUGAACAAAGUUGAUCCACAGAAUGUCGAAUUCGCUCAGCAGCUGGUUUCAAGCCUUGAGCCUGAACUGCAGAAACUGACUGGCAUCGCUGACACAUGUAAUGAGUUUGCUAACACUUCAUCUCCUGUUGUGAGCCACGAUGACCUUGACAAAACGCUUCCUGAUCAAGUACGGGAAUUGCAGAAGAAGAGUGAAGAUGUGAAGACGAAGGCCGAACAACUAGCCAAGUUGAACGCUGUCGCACCUGAAAUCUUAAUGAUCUCAGAAAGUCUGCAACAGCAACCAGAAGAGAUCCCAUCAACUCUUGAGGAACAGCAAUCUGCAAUUGAAGAUCUCGAAUCAAAGAAGCAACGCCUCGAAAACCUCUUGCAGACCAUACCAGCCGGCGAUGCAACGGAGGAGUUGAGGCAAAAGAGCGCAUGGGAUUUGUCAAAACUGAAAGACCUUCUGAAGAGACUUGGCGACUCAGUCGGCGACAAGCUGGCUGCGUUAGCCGCUUUCAAUGCCACACGCAAGGAUGCUGAAGAUCAUCUUCGUGUCGUAACUGAUCACAUCUCAGAAGCGAAAACUCCUGAUGAACUUAAAAAAGACGAAGAAUCGCUAACCAAGUUGCAAGAAAGUAUUUCUCGGUUGAACCUGGAAAAUCUAGACGACGAGAAGAGGAGCGAAUACGCGCAAUUACUCGACCGCAUCAACGAGAUUCUGCUUGCACUCAAGCGGCGUAUAAGCGUGCUAGAGGAUGAACUUGCAAAACAAGCAGCAGAGAAAGAAAUCACGGAUGCCAUCAGUCCUAUAUCUACACGACUGAUACAACUUAUCAAUGAUGCUAACCAGCUCCUAGGAGAUACAGAAGGAAAUCCGUCAUAUUAUCGACCAAUUACAGAGGAGAUGAAAACUGAAUGCGAAAAGGCCGUUAAUAUCUUGAAAGAUGCUCCAGAAUCUCAUCCUUCUGUUAAUCCUCUCAAAGUCGUGCUCUCUUCCGCCACACACAUGGUUCCAGCCUUGGAGGAACGCGCUAACAACUGGGACUUAUUCGUGCACCUAAGGGAUGAAGCCAGCAAACUUCUAGAAGCGGUAUUGAACAAACUUAGGAGCGUGCAAGAGCGAACAGAAUUAGUCCCUAUUACAACAGGCGAACUACAACUGCAAAAUCUAAAAUAUCUAUAUGUGGACAUCGAGCGGCUUCGCUCUGCAGAGAAGGAGCUCAAUGAGAUCGCGUUGUCACUGCAACCUUCACUGCAUGUUUCACAAGAAGUCCGCUUCUUUACAGUUGAUCAAGAACGUACAGAAAAGCUAUAUGAGGAAAUCACAGAACGAUUAGCUGCAGAGAUCACCGCUGAAGCGCAGUUGAAUAGAACUUUGGAUAUACUAACAACCGAGCUCAACAACUGCAGCGAAGAGCUCAGCGCUGAAGACGACCAACAAAAAGAUAUUCUGAGUCAUGAGUCACUUCUACUGGACAUUAUCGCUCAUUUGGAAAACCAAAAGGUGAUCGUGGAACGUAGUGCGCAAAGUCGUCGGUUUAUCGAGAGCAGCACCUCGGCUAGCCUUGAUCGACUUAUGCAACGUGCUCAAGACCUUCUGGAAGCGCUUCGACAAGCGCCUCAAGCAAGCAUGGAAGUAGCAGCACCAGAAGAAUAUGAUGUCGAUGCUGCUGCUGAAGUACUUGCCGCAUUAUAUCCCGAGACACAUCCAUAUAGUGUACUCGCUGAACAUGGAUUCGAGGGGCUUCCGUCAGACACAGACUCGAUGAGCGAGUUUGAAUCCAUCGACGGUUCGUCUUCGGGAAUGCUUUCCCCGAUUCCGGACACCGCCACUGGCAUUGUGGCGGCUUCACAAUUCCGUCGCCAACGGUCGCGAUGGAGACGGGUUCUACGUACAGCAUUGCCUCUUCAGGCAAUGCUGGUUUUGCUAUUGGGAGCAGCUUGUCUGGUCCCACACUGCGAUGACGAGUAUUGUUGUCAACUUCUUAAUAACUUCGCAAGAAGCUUUGAUCCAUCUCUUGAAUUUAUCAAUGGACCUCCGCCUUUCUAAACAGCACGAAGGUGUACAAUUUGAUGCAGGCUUCAUAUGUUUUUUUUGUUAAUAAAAAGAUUAUAUA